AUGUCUGAAUCUAAAGAAACUGUUGAAGAUAUAUGUAAACGCGUCUCCGAACUAACUGUUCUUUCAUUCAGAAAGGUGGAUGAUGUUAAGAGAUUGGCAAACCACUUUAAAAAUGUGAUUAACCAUCCAAUAACUCAGCAAAACUCCAUUGUUUUACGCUAUCUAAGGGACAUGGAUGCAACUCAUCGCAAGAUCUUUUUGACGAAACGGGAAGGUGUUGAAGUUGAAUAUAUAUUUACAACUGAAAAGAAGAGUAACAUUCAAAGACAGCGAUUCAAUAGCUUACCCGUUAGUGAGGUGCCAGAGCUGUUGAAAACCGAAUUUUCAAUAGCUGAAACCGCGAAACAGGUGCACAUUUGCACGGAUUGUAAUGUAGAAAUCGAGUUAAAUGAAGAAGAGCCGUUGAUGGAGUCGCUUCAGAAACAUUUCAACUUAGAAGUGCAUUUGCCCAAGUUGAAAAGAGAUAGUAUUGAUGUUGCUGAGCCAAUAAAUCUGCCAAAAAUGUCCAGACGACUUUCCGCUAUGGAGAGCGGAGAUGGAGUUAAUAUUGAGCAUAUCCUGCAACUGGUCAAACCGAUGGAGAAAUUGGAUAAAAUGUUUUCUGGGAAACUCGAGGCUUCUUUGAUCAGGCACUUGCCAGAUAACUCUGAAGCUAGCAUUGACGCUGCCGUUAAGUUCUACCAAACUACAUACGACAAACUAUGUCAGGAAAUUGCGUUUAAGGAUUUCUCCACUCAAACCGGUUCAGUGGCACCAAUAAUCAUGAGCAUUAAAGAUAAUGUCAACCAAAACUUCGCGGCAGAUGCGAAUAAGAACUUCGAUAACGAGGAGACCGAGCAGGCUCCAGAGAGACCCGUUAAAAAUCAAAUCAAGAAAUACCGUUAUUACGGUCCAAUCGAGAAUUCUAUUGUUAAGUUGUUGAUGAAUCACAAGCUGUUGACGUUAGUUGACGACCGUACAGGGAAAUUAGCAUUUUUUUGUAUGGCAUGCGAAUAUUAUACACUAAGAUUUCGUUACGAUAGUGUAUUGAAUCACGUGUUCAGUGAGACACACAUACAUAACCUCGCAUGCAUAUUACAAUCAGACAAUCACAUCCCAUUUUCCAUGGAGAAUUCAUCCAUUGAAAAAAUUAAAGACAUGAAUAACAAGUUCCUUUACAACCACGGUAUUAUAAGCGAUACCAAUAGCCUUAAUUGUUCUUUGUGCAAAAUAUUUAUCGAAACCAAUGAUAAUGUGAUCAUGCAUAUUUUGGACGAAAACCAUCUUGGACGAUUGUCCGAUAAACUGUAUCGCAAGAUGAAAAAUACUGACGGAUCCGUGCCAGAUGAAUGGGGACCAAAGAGCCUGGAUUGGGCAAAAUUCCUAGCCAGCGUUGGCAAACCUUUGAAUAACCGCGACCACGUGGUUAUAGAAAAUUUUAUCAGACCUUCCGGCAAGAUUGCCAACUACUGCUCUUGUUGCGACAUGACUCUAAAAGGUCCGAGACAAGUGCUCUUCAAUCAUAUCCGUCAAAAAAAGCAUCUGCGUAAUGCUGCACCUCACAAAUUGGAUUUGCUAUAUAAAAACCAUUGUCGCCCAGCCGAAUAUUUUGCGAGUUUCGGGAAUUAUUACGUGUGUUCCAUGUGUCCAACUUACGUGGCUUUACCAUCUUUUGCCGCUAUCGUAGAGCAUUUCGAUAGCACUUUGCAUGUCGAAACCAUUUGCAAAUUGAUUCGUUCGGCGCUCUAUCCAGAUGUUGAUCAGAAUUUGUUGGAUAUGCACAAAAUAUCCCAAUCUGAUGGCGUAAAAUGCGAAUUUUGUGACGAAUCUUUCGCAGAUAUUGGGGAAGCCAUAAAGCAUAUCUUAUCUAGCAUCGAACAUCAGAAUCUAGUGCUGGAUAGCAAAUUAAAAGCUAACAAAGGUGAUAUUAUAAGUGUAUACAUGCACGUGAUGUGGAUGAUGGGGAAAACGCGAAACGUCACGUGGUAUCGCCUCGGCAUAGAGAAAACAUGGGGGCCAGUUAUGUUAAUGUUAGUAUGGAUGUGUCGGCUUUGGAUUAAGUUAUGUAUGUAUGUUACGUCGACCGGCUUUUCUCGUGCGCACGAGUUGUUACAGUUUCCGAAAUCGGAAGACAUUUUACAAUAU